UGAAUGAAUUUAAAUUGACAACUGUUUGAGAACUACUGGAAAUAAAUGUAUAUAAAAUAUAUACACGCAAAUAAGGGUCUUGGAAAAAAAGGGUCGGCUUAUAUUCAGGUUCAUUUUCAAGCAAUAUCCCAAAAUGUAUAUCUACUAAUUUAAAGCCAAUGUUUGUAUGAAAUACUAAGACUGUAGGCUGGAACUGGACACAUAAUCACACUAUGGUAAACCUAUGGGAGAAUGUUAAUCCCCACUGGAAAUGUUGCAGUUUGGUCACCCUGGACAGAUUACAGAUUGGAUACAAUUCCUCUGUAUGUUGCCUGAGCCUGAGCCACAAAGGGGCUUUGUUGUGCCCACAACAAAAACUCUCUUCAUUGGGCGAUUCAACACUUGAAGUCAAACAAUUGUACAAGCAACGGAGAGCUUAGUACGGAGCUUCACCCUGCACCACCGCCAUUUAGCAAACAUUGUUAGUGCAAUGCUACGUCUAAGGAUCUUGGACCUGUGACUCAAGUAUACCAGAACCACACAAAGUUGGACCGUUUUUAAAGAUGGAGAUGCAGCACAGUCCAAAACCAGUGGAUUACCAAGUGGAGGAAGACGUAAUGGCGUCGCAGGUACUGGAGAUCAUUUGCGGAUUCGGGAAUGAGAACGUUCAAAACCCAAACCCAGAGGAGAUAGAUGUGUGGUCAGUAGAGGAGGGGGAUGACUCUGUGUUCUACAGCGAUGAAGACCAAACCCAGGAGAACAUGAAAGCAAACAGAUCCUGUGAUCCUGGUCGAUGCAGGCGUCUUUAUAACAGCGAGGUGGCCGGUGUUGAUGCUCAACCGUCGGAGAGGAGUGAAGGUGCUCUGGAGGCGCUGUGGACGGAAUCAGAAGAGACAGGCGAGGGUCUCCAGGCUGUGGGAACUGAGCCGAGUUGUCCGGAGAUGGAGACCCAUGAAAGCGAUUCGUUAACCUGCAAGCUAGGAAGAUCCGAGGACAGUGUUUCAUCAAAUGAAGAAAGCGUCUCUAACCAGCUUGGCUCAGGCUCCGAAUCGGAAGACGCCUCCAACAUGGAUGAUCCUGAUGUUCCGCAGUUGGACCCCGUACCUGGCUACUCCACUCUUCCUCUGUCAAAGAAGUCCCAGAAGUCCUUCAACCAUCUCAUAGCCUCCAAAUACAGCUCUGUCUCCUACCGCAAGAUCCGACGAGGAAACACCCGACAGAAGAUCGAGGAAUUUGAGUGCAUCAUGAUGAAUUUGUAGUUGCUAAUUCACACUUUUUUUAUUUUUCACCUCGUACUUCGGCACGAGAUAAAAAAAAAACUUAAACUAUAUUAUGAAAGCAGGAAGUGAACAAAUGUAACAGUUACUGAUUGUAAAAGUACCAGAUGGAGGGGUAGGAUUUAAUAAGCUUUGCUUCUUCCUACUCCUUUUGGACAUGUGGAACUGUGAACUGAUUAUGUGAUGCAUUCAAUUGUAAUCUGAUGCAUGUUCAAAUGAAAUUAAACCAUUAGCAUUUUAGUUAAGAGUUGGACCUUCUGCAUGAGGCGGAUUUAUGAUGCUAACCAAUGCUCCAUUGCGUUUGUGUCAAUAUGGCAAUACACUCAAUUUAGUUUAAAAUAUUUUGAUUGAUAUGGUUAAUAUUUUGUAUAUUCCUGCUAAAUAUGUAUUAAAAUGCAUUGCUCUUGAUGAUGCAUAAAUCCACAGUUAACCAGCUCAGGGUUUUAGAUCUUAAUGUUGAAUAAUGGAUGUGAAAUAAACACAUAACUACCAUUUCAAUUCUGCCUUUGGUCAUUUUAUUUGCAUGUUUUUGCAAAAUAUUCUAUAGAAUAUCACAAUUAAA